AUGGCUCCAAUUCUCAUCACUGGCGCCACGGGCUCUACUGGACGCGCUACAAUCAAGUGUCUGUUACAGAAAGGUCUUUCUGUGCGUGCAUUUGUCCACAAAGAGGAUGAUCGCUCGCGCCAGCUUGAAGCUCAAGGCGCUGAAGUCGUUGUUGGAGAUCUCCUUGAUUUGCGUUCAGUCCGACGCGCAUUCAAGGGCGUCAAGAGAGCUUAUUUUGUGUAUCCUGUAGCGCCAGGGCUCAUCGAUGCAACUACUAUUUUUGCUCAAGCGGCUAAAGAGGCCGAAGCCGAAUACAUCGUCAACAUGUCUCAAAUUGUUGCGAGAUCCGAAGUCCCCAGCAAUGCUUCCACUAACCACUGGCUUUCGGAGCGAGUUUUUGACUGGGCUGGCACGCCUGUCACGCAUCUGCAACCAACGGUUUUCCACGAAUGGCUCAUCUUUGCUAGCAAACUGAUCAGGGAAGAAGAUCGCUUCGCCGUUACUUUUAGCCCAACGGGCAAAUUUGCUUCAGUCUCUACUGAGGACAUUGGAGAGUUGACCGCCACGCUGCUUGAGAACCCUGCCGGCCAUGAGGGACAGUCAUAUCCAGUGGUUGGUCCUACCGAGUUGACGCCGCCUGAGAUUGCCAAUGUUCUGUCGAAGCAGCUUGGAAGAGAAAUUCGCUACGAGCAAGUCAAGGCCAGCGUCUUGAUUGGGUCAUUCUCGCCCGUUGAAAUGCCGUACCUGGAGCAGCAUUUCAACGCGGCGGGCGAGAUGCAUCGUGAUGGUCUUAUGGCUGGUACUAACGAUUUGUUUGAGAAGAUUAUUGGCCACCCAUCACAGAGCAUGGAGGAGUUUAUCGUGCAGAAUAAAUCGAUCUGGGAGAAAGACGGGGGGGAUAAAUCUUUCUCGAAGAGCAGGUAG